AUGCAACUAAUCGCUAACAAUGGAACAAAAUACUGGGUCUUUUUUAUGGUAGGGGCUGGUGGAUGGAAGAUAGACCAGGCAUGCAAAGUGAUUUUUUUAACCAGCUUUUUACAUCAGGUUACACCCACAAUUUCCAAGACAUACAACGCUGUCCAACCAAAAGUUGCACACGACAUGAAUAACUCACUCAUGGUUGACAUCUCAGAAAAGGACAUUAAAGAUGUGGUCUUUCAAAUGAAUCCUACUAAGGCCCUAGCCCAGAUGGAAUAUCCUCUCUCUUUUUUCAAUAAUUUUGGCAAAUUGUAG